AUGGCUUCAUCAUUAGGAUCGAAUAAUGCAGUUUCACUAAAGUCACUCAAUUUAGCACCAGUGCCAAUACUCACUAGUGGAAGCAAUUACAAAAAAUGGAGAAAAGAGAUUGAAUUACUUAUGACACUAAAUGAGUAUGACAUCGCCCUUGAUAAUCCACAACCUAAGGCCAUGACUAAUAGAAGCACCAAGGUUAAGAAGACUGACUUUGAGAGAUGGACUAGAGCCAACAAAGUGGCUCUAUCCAUAUUGGAAGGUGACAUGACUGACACUGUGCGUGGUGGUAUCAAAAAGUCAACUUUUACCAAAGAUUACCUCCAAGCCAUUGAGAAUAAAUUUAAAGAACCAAAGAAGGCUGAGAUUGCUCAAUAUAUGUCUCUUUUAACUUCUUACAAGUUUGAAGGAGGAGGCUCAAUCAAAGACCACAUUAUGAAAAUGACUGAUGCAGCUGAGAAGCUGACUUCCAUGUAUGUUAACAUUGGGGAAAAACAACUUGUUUUCAUGAUACUGCAAGCAUUACCACAGAAAUUUAGUCAACUUAAAGUGUCCUAUAAUACUCAAGACAAGACUUAUACUGUGGAUGAACUCAUUGCUCAAUGUGUGCAAGAAGAGAACUAA